UUGUGAAUAUGGCCUAGGGGCCAUAUUAACACAAGAAUAUGAUGGGGAAAAAUAUGUAAUAGCUUACGCAAGUCGAACAUUAUCAACUGCCGAAAGAAAAUAUGGAGCGACAGAGCGUGAAGCAUUAGCCAUUGUAUGGGCAACAAAAUAUUUUCGUCCAUACCUCGAAGGUAAUAAAAUUUAUAUUAGAUCAGAUUGUAAAGCAUUAGAAUGGAUGCGUACGGCAAAAGAUGUAACAGGUCGAUUGGCCCGGUGGGCGAUGAAAUUAUCUGCUUAUCAAAUUGAAGAAAUCAAAUAUCGUCCGGGAAAAUUAAACGCUAACGCCGAUUCGUUAUCACGCAAUCCAUUACCAAAUGAUGAUAUUAAUCAACUCGAAGUGUCAACAAUCGAAACAGCUGUUAACUUAUGGCAAAAUACAAACAUUCUUGACGAUGUAAGAAAAGAACAAGAAGCUGACUCCAAAUUAAAACCAAUAAUAGAAUUAUUAAAAACAAAACCAUCAACAGAUUUUAAUGAUAAACGUAAUCCCCACAUUCUUAUAAAUGGAUUAUUGUACAAAAUUAAAAACGCCAAUAAACAUUACAAUCAACGUAUCGUGGGGGCAAAACAUCUGCUAAUUAUUCCAAGAGCAAUGCAAAAUAAAUUAUUGGAAUGGGCGCACAAUCAUCCAACAGCUGGACAUGGGGGCCAACAAAAAACAUUAUUUAGAUUAUCAACAAGAGUAUACUGGAAAUCAAUGAGAAAAGAUAUAUUUAAGUAUAUAGCUGCAUGUCAAGAAUGUCAACAAUUUAAAUACAAUAAUGCUCCAACAGCAAACCCAAUGCAAAUGCACUUAGUGAAUGAACCAUGGCACACGAUCGGCAUAGACAUUAUGGGUCCUUUACCGACAACGGCCAGACAAAAACGAUUUCUUCUCGUCGUGGUAGACUACUUCACCAGAUGGAUCGAACUAUUCCCACUGAAGUCAACUACAUCUACUGAUAUGGCCAAUAUUCUCAUGAACGAAGUAUUUUCAAGAUAUGGAUUGCCACAACACAUUGUAUCUGAUAAUGGCCCGCAAUUCGUCUCAAAUUUAUUUAAAAAUUUUUGUGAUACAUUAGGUAUUAAACAAAAUUUAACUGCAAAUUAUCACCCACAAAGCAACAUGACAGAACGUGUCAAUAGAACAUUAAAGCCGUUAAUUGCCAUAUAUGCUCAACAACAACACAAUUCAUGGGACGAUGAAAUUCAAACAUUAGCAUUUGCAAUACGUACCGCGGUGAACGAAACAACAGGUGAAACCCCAGCUUUUAUGAUGUUUGGUCGAGAUCUCAGAGGUCCACUUGAUCUAUUAGUUGGUGAAACAACAGAAGGACCUAGAUCAACAACAGUUGAUCACGGAUUAAUUCAAGAAUACAAGAGAAAGUUGAUCAACAAUUUACGAUGUGCAUAUAAUGUUAUUCAAGAACAUGCAGAAAUUGAAAAGAUAAAACAAAAAGAAAAAUAUGAUCAACAUACAACACAAAGAGAAUAUACUGAAGGUGAUCUCGUAUGGGUAGCCACUCUAACAGCACAAAUUGGAGACAAUUCAAUGGGUGGAAAAUUACAACCACAUUAUCAAGGUCCAUGCCGUCUAAUCCAGCAAUUAUCAUCAAAUACAUUCACGAAUAUGUUCGAAUAUAUGAUAGCAACAACAACAACACCAACACCAACGCCGAUACAAUCAACAACAUCAUUCUAUCAACAUGGAUUAUCAAUAGCUAUAGGUAUAGUAGGUGUAACAACUAUCACCUCAAUAGUUCUAUACCUGAAGCUACGAGGCAAAGUGAGCAAGGCAUCAACAACUAAGAUAAUUACGAUGCCACCAAUAUGAACGAUUGUCAAAAUAACUUCAACAACACCAACUACUGAGAAGAAAACGUCGAUCGCCGAGACUUGUAAAUAUAUAACCGAGCUAGGCUCGAAGAUAGUCAUGUAUGUAAAGUGUGAAUAAAUUGCAUGUAAAAAAAAAAAAAAAAAAGUUGUUAUUAAUAGUGUGCUGUCCCACUGAUUACUGGCGUUUUCACAUUGUCUAUCUCUUCUAUAUCUUUUUUUUGUUUUUUUUUGUGUGUUCUGGUGUUUAUCAUAUCCCUUUGAUGUUCUUCUUUUUCUCUUCUUCGGGUGUGUGUACGUAGACUUAAACAGCGCCACGAAGAAGACCUUCGUUAAACAAAUUGCGUCCUUAUGUAUCCCUCAAACAGACGCCCAGGAGUGCGUCUUGGCAAAAUGGGGGGGUGUGCCGAGAUAGGCACUUGUUCUAUCUUAGUGAACAACUGUGUGC